AUACCAAUUUGUGUUUCGUGCUCCGUGACGUCGCGAAGAUGGCGUGCGUCAUUUCGUGAAGACGUGAACCGUUUGCGUUUUUUGUUCCUAAUAUUUACGACGAGGAACGGAUAAUAAAUGCGAACCAAGUAGCGCCCUAUCCGAUGACAUGACUGACUUGAAAUACUCAUCACGAGAUACUCUGACCGACUCGCUGAUCGCCGACUCGAAAGCUACGAAGAACGUCUUCAGGAGCAACCUCAAGCUAUCGCUCGGCCUCAAAAACGGCUACAAGAGCAUCCAAUCGAAGAGCAACGAGGAUCUUUACGGCAACGAGAUCGAACCCGAGGAACCACGCGGCAAUGUCGGCGACCAAGAUUCACCUGUUCACGAGACUUGGUUCAAAACGUGGCCCGAGCGUUGCGACAAGAUCAAAAGCGCGGACUCAAGCCCCGAGCGCGACGUUUACAAGUUCCGUGUUGGCAACCGGAUGACGUUGAACGAGGCGCUGAAAAACAUAUCGCUCGCCUACAGUCCCGUGACGAAGAAACUGCACCUAAUCGAAACCCGCGGCGAUGAGCCGCGAGCGGAGCCCUCGAGCCCCAAAAAGGGCCAUAAACGGACGGAAGCCGGCUCGUUUUCGAGCACGGUCAGCGAGCCGUCCACUUCUGGCAGUAUACAGGACAUGGAAGACCGGUCCCUGAUGAGUGUCGACGAGUCCGAGACGCGGAAGACGAGCCUGGCCGAUUUUUUCACCAAGAGCGUCUUCGCGUGGAAACUGUUCAAAACCGCCGAGUCCGCGUCUUCGCCCACGCACAAGGUGGCGAGCUCGUCCGCGUUGAUCCAACACAAGAGGCCCCAUAAUCUCCCCGCGAAGCCCUACGACGAGGAGCAGCGUCACGCGGACGAGUACAACGCCAUUUUGGCCGCGGCAAAGCGAAAAGAAGCCAAAGACACGGCGACUAAGCAAAGGAGGCAGAAGCUGCAGCUGCAGCUUGAGGAACAGCAGGCGGCUGCCGCGAAACACUUCGCACAGCAUGUCAUACCGAAUUGGACUGAAAUGGAGAAAACGAAGAAGACGCAGGAACUGUGGUGGAGGGGGCUGCCUUCAAGCGUGAGGGGCCGCGUCUGGAAACUCGCCAUCGGCAACGAGCUUAACGUCACACCUCAGCUGUAUGAAAUAUGCGUGAGUCGCGCGCAGUCCCGGUUGAACCGCGCGCAAGGGGGCGUCGAAAGGGGGCCAGCGGCAGACCGCGAGAACAGCCUCGACGUCAUCGAGCUGGACAUUUCGAGAACGUUCCCGAACUUGGGCAUUUUUCAACAGGGACGUCCGUAUUCGGACGCUUUGCACUCGCUGCUCGCCGCCUACGCUUGUUUCAGGCCGGACGUGGGCUACGUCCAAGGCAUGUCCUACAUCGCGGCCGUCCUCAUCCUAAAUAUGGAUCCGUGCGACGCUUUCGUCAGUUUCGCGAACUUGCUCAACCAACCGCUCCACCUGGCGGCGUUCACGCUCAACCAGACGCAAAUGCAGACCUACUACCGCGCUUACGACCUCGUUUUCAACGGCAGCCUGCCCAGGCUGUACUCGCACUUCGAGGCUGCCGGGUUGACGCCCGACCUCUAUCUCCUCGACUGGAUCUAUACGAUCUACGCGAAGGCGAUGCCGCUGGACGUCGCUUGUCGCGUCUGGGACGUAUUCCUGCGCGACGGCGCCGAAUUUAUUUUCAGGGCCGCGCUGGGCAUCCUGCACCUGUACGAGUCGACGCUGCUCACGAUGGAUUUUUUGCACGGCGCGCAGUUUUUGACGCGUCUACCGGACGAAAUGUCCUCCGAGCAGCUGUUCAAGAGCAUCCAGUGCGUCAGCACCAGCUUGGGCAAGAUGUCGUUCGGGCAGGUAGUUCAAAAGUGCUGCAACCACACGGCCGUCGACGCGUAUCGGUAG